GAUACCCAAACAAAAAGUGAGGUUAUAAUUUGUUACCCUUGAGACCUCCACAAAUAUAUCCACGUAUAAUUUUUUUUACAAAAAUGCCACCAAAAGCAAAUAUGAUAUCGUCAAACAACGUGGGAACCGAAUUCCGAUAAGUGCCAACCACCUGAAUUUACAAAAAAAAGCCAAUUAAGUUUAAUGGAUAACAUAAGGGUGAACCUGUUAGACGAAGAGGAGACGGUUCCUUCCAGAGAGUGGCGAAAAGCUUUAAGAUCUCAGCCCGCAUUUAGGAUUGUAAAUAAAACGAUGAGAGGCCAAACCCAAUUUAUUACCCUUAUAGGAUUCACUGGUAUAGUGGUUUUGAUUAUUUUGUAUAUGUACCCAAAGGCCGGUGGUGGUGCCUUAAAGAGUUCACCUGUAAGCACCACUGUUCCCUACAAUCACACAUACCCUUUAACAAAGCCUAUUAAAAGUGGUUCCUUGUAUAGUUUUAGGAUAGGUAUCAUAGCAGAUUUAGACACCAAAUCAAAAAGUGAAAAUGAAAAAGACACAUGGUACUCAUACUUGAAAACAGGCUAUUUAAGUUACAACCCUUCUAGUCACAAUGUAGUGGUAACAUGGGACCAUUCUGAGCCCAAUACAUUGAAAAGCAGCUACUCUUUAAAAGGCAGAGGGAUGGAAUUAUCAGAGUUGGUUGUUUUUGAUGGAAAACUGUUGACUUUUGAUGACAGGACUGGAAUUGUGUUCGAAUUGGUUCAAGAAGAAAAAAUGGUGCCAUGGAUAUUGCUGGGUGAUGGAAAUGGAAGUUCAGGAAAAGGUUUUAAGUCUGAAUGGGCAACAGUUAAAAAUGAGAUGCUUUAUGUAGGGUCGAUGGGAAAGGAAUGGACAAAUGAAAAGGGUGAUUUUCAAAGUCAUGAUCCGCAAUAUAUAAAAACUGUUAGUCCUCAAGGAGCUGUAUCUCAUAUAAACUGGGUAAAGGAAUAUAACAGAUUAAGGGAGUCUUUGGGCAUAUUUUGGCCUGGAUAUAUGAUACAUGAGAGUGGUGCAUGGUCAGAUUAUCACAGAAGAUGGUUCUUUUUACCCAGAAGAUGUAGUAAAGAGCAAUAUAGUGAUUCCUUAGAUGAAAGAAGGGGCUGUAAUGUACUGCUGACUGCCGAUAGCAAUAUGUAUGAUGUUCAAGUUGUUGAGCUUAAGAAUGUGAAUACAAAAGGGUUUUCGAGUUUCAAAUUUGUACCCACUUCAGAUGACUAUGUUAUAGUGGCCUUAAAAACUGAAGAACUGGAAGGGAAAACUGCCACUUACAUUACUGCCUUUACUAUUAAAGGUGAAAUACUUUUGGAGGAUUCAUUUGUUUCAGAUCUUAAAUAUGAAGGUUUAGAGUUUAUAUAAUUAGAUUUUGUUAAUUAGUAAAUUAUUGUCUAGUUGAUAUUUGAAUUGUGAAAAGCCAUACCAUUUUUAACUCGUAUUUGUCAAUUAUCAAUUUCAUGAUUACCCUGGGUUUUUUUUGACUUUGUAAAUAUUGUACUAUAGUAUUUUUUGUAAGUAUUGAUUUGUAUAUAUCUAUUUGUUUUAAUGAUAUCAGUUUAUUGCGGUAUAAUAAUAGUUGUCAUUAUUGUUUUAAGAAAAGUUUAAUGUACAAAAGGUUGUAAAUAAUAUAUUUAUUUUAAUAAAUUAUUGAUUUUAA